CGGAUGGCUGGUUACCUGGUGAUAGAUCCACCGAAUCCAUUAGAAAAAUGAUAUUAAAUGCAUCUAAUGCCCUUCGCAUGAAAAAUUAUACUCAUGCAACCUUCAUAAUCAUCGAGGCAAUUCAUUAUGCAGAAUUAAAUGGGUACUGGUCCUUGUACUGGACAGCAAUUCCGAUAUUUGCGGAAUUGGAGUUGCAACGAGGAAAAGUGGAAUCCGCGCGACGUAGACUAGAGGAUAUUUUACCACAAAUAGCUAGAGGAGAAGAUUUGGAGCAAAGAGCCCUGACAUUCUCCGUAUACGCCAAGGUGCUGAUGGCCACAGACACGGCCAAAAGUAGAGCUGAAGAAGACUAUUCAUUGCUAGAGAUGCAUGCAUCCGUGCAGGACAUGCUGUACAUGCAAGCUGUCAUCCAUGAAGCCUUAGGCGAACGUUCGCAGAGAGAAAUCGCAAGUACCAGAUUGAAAGAGGUCGAAAUUUUAGAAAAUAAAGUCAGAAUAGAGUUGGACGUAGGUAUGAUGGAACUAUGGGACGUGCUCACGAAUCAUCACGAAUUGCUAGCUGUAAAGCGUAUCCUGCGAGAGGCAAGGCAGCUCCAAGAGGAUCCAGCAACCGAGUUCGUCGGCGGCCCACUUGAGGAUAACUUAUUCGUAUGUAUACCGAGUGGCAAUUCCCCUGUGACCUCACUAAUCAACCGCCACCCUUGUAUGAUGCAGGACUGGCAUUGUACUUUAAGAGGUCCUAAAGAUACGGAGUUCGAAGGAGGGCUAUAUCACGUUCGGAUUACCCUACCGCCGACAUACCCGUUCAGACCUCCAUCGCUCCGGGUGCUCACUCCCAGUGGCAGGUUCGAAGUGGACACUCCUGACAAAGCUAACCAUAAUCUUUCCAUAGAUCAUGAGGAGUUAUGGCAACCUGCUUGGGCAAUCAUUGGCCUGCAAGGCUUUUUCUCUCAAUCUGGUUCUCAUGCAUUGGGAGUCGGUGCUCUUAACGCCCCUGUUCAAGAGCGAAAGCGUUUAGCCACCCUGUCAAGAGAAUGGAAAUGCCCUCAUUGCAAGCAAAAGAAUAUUGACCUUCUUCCUGAUCCAGUAAAAGAAGAUUCUGAUGCAGAUGCUCAGGUUUCCUCCCACUCACCGGUGCACGCAUUGCCACAACAGCAAACCGACCAAGAGACGGCAUCAUACGAUACCCCCGUUGGUGACGUCUCUGCUUCCCACCAAGCGCCUCUUGUCUCGUCUGAGAGUUUCAACACUCUAUCAGCAGCAAUGACUACCAGCUCCCAAACGCAAGUGGCGACUCCGGGUGAUACGCAGCCCUAUAAUGCACAGAAAAUCUACACAGAUACACUUACAAGACCUUUAAACCAACGAGAGAACGCGGUAAAUCAAGAUCAACAGGUACAAAUACAAGCUUUCCCAGCUUUCCGUAAUUCCGAUCCCGAAGGACUGCGUCGGCCUGACCCUGACCACAUCCGAUUCUCCUCGACUGCCACUCAAGCCAGGUUGUCAUCAUUAACAAUGGAAUCCGGAACCUCAACACACGCGUCUGUGAAAUCUCAGGAGGCAUCUGUUGGUCCUUUACCAGCCUAUGACCUAUUCCUUCGUGCUUUAGGGGACAGUUAUCUAAACUUCUUCAUCGAAAGAAAUAGUGGUCGUCAUAUGAGAGCUCCCAAAUUUCAUGUCCUAUUUUGUAUUCGCCUGGAUGAUCUAGUUUGCAACAUGCGGGCUACAAGGUUUGCUGACAUUUGUGAUGCUUAUGCCGGGUUCCCUCUUCAACCGUUGGCCAGUCGAGAUGGUAUGCUCAGAUUGCUCCAGAGACAGCGCUCCGUCGACCUUCUCUUUGAUGAACGACUACCUGACCGGGAUUGGACGCUACGGAGAACAUGGAGGGAUGUAUGUGACGGACUUGAACGGGAGUCAGAAGUGCGGGGAGCUCUCAUCAAUUCCUUGAGAAUGGACGUCGUCGCUCCUCUCCAAGAGCUUAAAGAAACACAUGAAAGGUCUCGCAAGAGAAUAAAGGAAGACAUCAAGAGUUCAUUGACACAAUAUACUGACUACAGCGAGAAUGUGUUACCCAGACUGAAGCGAAUGUACAUUAAACGAUGUCAAGAUGUCGACGAACUGAAAGCAGCUAGUGAUCCGAAGACCAGUUCUGCUACGAGUCCCAUAAUUUCCAACCCUAUACUUCCUAAACAGAGUGUACCCUUUCCACAGGGCUCACCUGUGACCUCACAGGGAACAGGAGAGGAACGGAAAGAGGUCGAAGGCAAUCGACUGCUACCUCCCAAAGCAAGCGGGACCGGAGCCCUUCUGGUAACACGCCCAGUUUUUCUGAUUUGGCCCAGCAAGGCAAAACUAGGUAAACGACAGCUCAACAAUUUACGAACUCUUAUCGACACACGAGCGAGUCGGGAUGGGAAUGAUCUUGCAAUGCGCAGCGUUCGUGCAAGACGGGAGGCUGAUGAGGCAGACAAAGAAUAUCGAAAAGGCGUUCAUGCAAUGGAAACUUUACGUUUACGCCGAGUAAAGACUCUCGAAGCUGGAUAUACGAGUCUUGAAACAUUGGUAAAUGAAAGUGCAGACACAAUGACGAAAGUGCUGGAAAGGGCAACGAAUGUCACAAGUUCCCAUCUUUUAGAGGGCCUAGACGAAGUUAUUCAUCAAAUCAACCCGGCUCACGAUUUAAAUCGGUUGAGACAAUUGACAAGUGCAAGUUUGCAAAAUGCAUUCCCCAAGCGUAUUCUAUACUUCAAUUAUCAUGCAGGCGAAUGUCGCGAUAUGCUAUUUGGUGUCAGCUUACUGGAUUAUGCAAGCUCCAGAGGCCUGAAGGACAACAUGCCUCCAAAAAUAGUGAGCAUCUGUAUCUCCGAAGUGGAGGCGAGAGGACUACGAUCCGAAGGAAUAUACAGGAUGGCCCUAAGCGCGGAAAAGAGUGAAGCAGAUUUCCGCUUUGAUCCGAAGGACGAUGUCUUCUGUGUCGGAUCCCUAUUAAAGGCGACCUUGCGGGCUAUUCUGGAGCAUCUGACGAAGGUAGUAGCGAAUGUUAAAUAUAACAAGAUGGAUGCAAAGAACCUAGCGGUUGUAUUCGGUCCUGUUAUACUGGGUGAAGAAGCAUUAUCUACACCUGUCGACAUAUUGGCGAUGUCCAAGGUUUCAUCACUGAUGAUAAUCUCGCAGGAUACACUAAUGGAGGACAUAAUCUCCAAUGUCCGGAUGUUGUACGAACAUUCUAGCAUCGAUGAGAGGCCUGCAUCCCCACCUUUACCGAGCCCUCCAGCACACGAAGAGGCGCAGGGACAAGUGGAGAGUUCAACCAAACGACAGGGAAACCGCCAACACAACCGCAGGGCUACAAUAUCCUCAUCACAGGCAGACACUACCCCUCCUCCUUCGGCACCUCCUAGGCCAUCCGAGGAUGGACGUUCUACGGGCCAUAUCAAAGCACUUUCAGGAACACCUUCCUCCACGAUCAACUCGAGACCAAGGCUUGAUAUCAAUAAUCACAGCGCCAGCCCAUCCAUUUCGUCUUCUCCAGUCAAGGAGACAUAUAAAGAUAGGCCUUCGAAGCCCUCAUCGCGCAACACUUCCGAGGUGGCCUUAACAUCGAAUUUUAGUACUUCUCACCUGACUAGUGAGGCUGGGCCGUCAGCUUCAAGUCUUAACCUUCCUAUCAAAACCCCAUCUUAUCCUAAUUCGCUAUUACACGAACCGGCUGUCUUGUUGUCACAGGCCAACGAAAUGAACGCUGACGUGCAAGAAGUGGAUUAUCCUGGUAGUCCAGAUACCAGUGCGCUUGAAUUUAGAACUGCGGUGAAUACUCCAAGUUCAGAGGAGGAACCGACCCCAUUUUCCCACUUGUGA